CCCUCGUUCAAGUGUAAAAUUGCACGUUUAGUCUCUAUUUUUAAAACUUAACUCCGACCAUCCCUGUAAUGUUUUUUUCUUACUCGGACUGUCCCUUACGAAGAUAAAAUGACUAUUUUACCUUCUUUUUUUUUUCUUUUUUGAUUUGUUUUUUAUUAAUAAUUCAAAAGAAAAAUAAAAAUUAGGUAAAAAUAAAAAUGGGCCCACCACCACAAACACUUAUCCUUUACCCAAACCCACCCACACCCUUCAACCCUUCAAUUUAUCUUCUUCAGUACAUCAUCAAGAUCGGUCACCGGAGCAACCACCGUCGUCGCAUCUUCGUCGUCGUCUCCACCUGCACAUUGUUGCAAGGUCUCACUUCUCCGUUCGACAAUUGCUGCAUACGCUACCAUCGCCACACCAUCGAGAGUUUAUAGAUCUACGUUUCGAUGUUUUUUGGUUGUUGUUGGUGGUGGUGCCAUAAAAACGUAUCUGCACUCCGGAUGUAACUCUCUCUCACCCACUCCUGGCAACCAUCAUAAUCACCUGACCGCCACCACCUACUAAACCUCAUCUACCAAUUGGAACCAUUGUCUCCUCCGAUAAAAGUUUUACGAACCAGUUGUGUUUCCAGAUCUUCGGUUCGUGUUUCCAGAUCUAUGGUUCCGAUUAUCGAUGUUGUUUCAGAUCUAUAUGACCACUACAUCAGAUUUAGGGGUUCGAGGGGAGAUGGAGGAUGUCUGUAUUUUCUCUAUAAACUACUGAGUGUCACAAGUCCAACAGAAGUGGGGGUGACAGUGAUUACAUUUGAUGUAGAGUUUUUUCAAUUUGGGUCUUCAUGGAAAAAAGGGUGGUCGGAAGUGAUAGGUGAUGAUUGGGAUGGUGGUAGAAGUUCUGACCUUGGUGGAUGUGUUGGAGUGGCCGGAAACAAUGGACAUGUUGGAUUCGUCGGAAAAUUGGAAAUGUUGGGGUUGCCGGAAAAAAUGGAGGUAGAGAAAGAUAAUAUUGGAUAG